UUCUGCUCGGCAUCAAAGUGAAACUAAAGGAGCUGCACCUCCUCUCCAUGCAUCUGAGCUGCACACCUCCUCCUCUCUGCACGCACUACAGACCUGCUCCUCCUCCGGGUCUCCUCUCCACACGUGAGCCGCAUCUCUUCUCCUCCUGUCGGGCUUCAGUCUGCAGGAGCGUUUCGGUUUGAUCCGGAUUGAACAUGUGUCCCAGCUGCGGGGAUUCUCCUGCCUCCUGAAUCGCCUCCUGAAUCACCUCUGAGGAUUACACCCGACACAAAACUCAUGUUGUUCUUCUGCACGGAGGAAUCUGUUUCACUUCACAGCCUGCGUCUCUGGUCCUCAGUUCGCCUGCAACCUGUGGACUCCACGGUACACAGAGAGAGGCACUGUGUUCCUCUCUAACUGGUGAGCGCAUGCUUUAAAGCACACGAGAUAUACAGAUAAACACUACAAAGAUAUACAGAGUAUAGAGUAGAGAAAUAAGUUCCACACAACUACAAAUACAAUAUACAAAUAUAUAUGAGAUACAGCCUUAGAUGUGCAGGUUUCAUCAGCCAGGAGACUCUCCACUUGAUUUCCCUCACUAAGGUGGAGGUGGAGUCCUGGAGGUGAAGAGGAGUCCUGGAGGUGAAGAGGAGUCCUGGAGGUGAAGAGGAGUCCUGGAGGUGAAGAGGAGUCCUGGAGGUUUCUCCCCGAGGAGCAGAGCUUUUAUUCCCUGGAAGACGGAGAGGACACGUUUAUGGAAAUAUGAGUCUGUAGAGGAACCUGAAGAUAUCAAAAGGACGGCAGAGUGAGGCACGCCAGGGAACUUUGAAAACAGAAGCACUCCUCAGGAAUAAUCUGAACCACCCUGGAGGAGGGAAUCUGCAGGAAGAGCCCCCCCAAAGACCCCAGGCUCCCCCGAAGGACACUUGAAGGACCGGAAAGACCCUGAGAACUACAGGGCGUUAUAACCUGGCUCUCUAAGUUACUCAGAAAGAAACUGACGUACUUUUUUAGAAAUUGCCAAUACUCGUCAAAAUCCGUGAUCCUGAGACCCCUAAGAAUACCUAAAGGGACCUAAAAGACACUUAGAGGAAGACUUAAUCAAGGUUAAGGGUUUUUAAUUACCCAGAAAUAAACCGAAGUGUCGUUUCCGAUCGAAAAAAGGACCAAGACUCUGAGAAAAUCAAGGGUCCAUCCCAAAAGGAGACCCAUGAAUCCCUGGGACUCUCACUCAGUCUACUGACAGGGACCUAGGAGGACCUGAGGAAGGAAGGGAAAGGCUCUCCUUUGGGGACCCAGAAGGGACUGAUCCAGUGUAAACCUGGGGACCACAGAGGAACCCCGGACCCUCUAUAGGACCCGAUACCUCCUCCCGGACCCUCUAGAGGACCUGAGACCUCCUCCUGGACCCUCUGGAGGACCCGAUACCUCCUCCCGGACCCUCUGGAGGGCCCUCUACCUCCUCCCGGUCCGAUGGGGACCCUGCGGGACCUUCAGUAUGCCCUGCAGGAGAAGAUCGAGGAGCUGCGGCAGCGAGACGCCCUGAUCGACGAGCUGGAGCUGGAGCUGGACCAGAAGGACGAGCUGAUCCAGCAUCUGCAGACCGAGCUGGACAAGUACCGGUCCGUCCUGCGACCCGCCACCGCCCAGCAGGUCCAGAACCAGCAGCACCUGGUCCUGCAGCCGGACAAGCAUCGUAGCAAGCGGCAGGCCAUCUCCGCCGAGCCCAACGCCUGCGACAUCAGCGAGCUGAGCCACGUGACGCUGCCCUUCUACCCCAAGAGCCCACAGUCUAAGGAGAUGAUAAAAGACGCCAUCCUGGACAACGACUUCAUGAAGAACCUGGAGCUGUCUCAGAUCCAGGAGGUGGUGGACUGCAUGUACCCCGUGGACUUCGGUCCGGACGCCUGCAUCAUCAGGGAGGGAGACGUGGGGUCCCUGGUCUACGUCAUGGAGGAGGGGAAGGUGGAGGUGACGAAGGAGGGCAUGAAGCUGUGCACCAUGACGCCUGGGAAGGUGUUCGGAGAGCUGGCCAUCCUCUACAACUGCACCCGCACCGCCUCCGUCACCGCUCUGGUGGAGGUGAAGCUGUGGGCGAUCGACCGGCAGUGCUUCCAGACCAUCAUGAUGCGGACCGGUCUGAUUAAACACGCCGAGUACAUGGACUUCCUCAAGAGCGUUCCCUCGUUCCAGGGCCUGUCCGAGGAGACUCUCAGUAAACUGGCCGACGUCAUGGAGGAGACUCACUAUGAAGACGGGGAGUUCAUCGUCCGACAGGGAGCGACAGGAGACACCUUCUUCAUCAUCAGCAAGGGGAAGGUGAACGUGACCCAGGAGGAUCCGGCCAAUCAGGAGACAGCUCACCUGAGAGAGCUCGGCCGUGGAGACUGGUUCGGAGAGAGAGCGCUGCAGGGGGAGGAUGUCAGGACGGCCAACGUCGUCGCGUCGGACACCGUCACCUGUCUGGUCAUCGACCGCGACUCCUUCAAGCACCUGAUUGGUGGACUGGACGAUGUUUCCAACAAAGGAUACGAGGACGCUGAGCUGAAAGCAAAGUACGAGGCGGAGGACGCCUUCUUCUCCAGCCUGAAGCUGACCGACUUCAACAUCAUCGACACGCUGGGGGUCGGAGGCUUCGGACGCGUCGAGAUGGUGCAGCUGAAGAGCGACGAGGCGAAGACGUUUGCGAUGAAGAUCCUGAAGAAGCGUCACAUCGUGGACACGAGGCAGCAGGAGCACAUCCGCUCUGAGAAACACAUCAUGACUGAGGCGCACUGCGACUUCAUCGUCAGGCUGUACCGGACAUUUAAAGACAGUAAAUAUCUGUACAUGCUGAUGGAGGCUUGUCUGGGAGGAGAGGUGUGGACGAUUCUCAGAGACAGAGGUUCGUUCGAAGACUCGACCACCAGGUUCUACACGGCCUGCGUCGUGGAGGCGCUCGCUUACCUGCACGCUAAAGGCAUCAUUUACCGAGACCUGAAACCUGAAAACCUCAUCCUGGACAGCCGGGGCUACGCCAAGAUAGUGGAUUUUGGUUUCGCCAAGAAGAUCGGUUUCUGUAAGAAGACGUGGACGUUCUGCGGGACGCCGGAGUACGUGGCCCCGGAGAUCAUCCUCAACAAGGGCCACGAUGUCUCCGCAGAUUACUGGUCUCUGGGCAUCCUGAUGUACGAGCUGCUGACCGGCAGUCCGCCCUUCUCAGCUCCAGACCCAAUGAAGACCUACAACGUCAUCCUGAGAGGCAUCGACAUGAUCGAGUUCCCCAAGAAGAUCACCAAGAACGCCGCCAACCUCAUCAAGAAGCUCUGCAGAGAUAAUCCCUCGGAGAGGCUGGGAAACCUGAAAAACGGCGUCAAAGACAUCCAGAAACACAAGUGGUUUGAAGGUUUUAACUGGGAGGGUCUCAAGAAAGGAACGCUGACCCCGCCCAUCACACCUGAUGUUUCGUCUCCAACCGACACCAGUAACUUCGACAGUUUCCCUGAAGACACAGAUGAGCCUCCACCGGACGACAUCUCCGGUUGGGAUUACGACUUUUAGUCCAGUAUGGUUCAGAAACCUUACACCUGCCAGUGAGGUCCAAACCUGAGAGAAAGACGACUUCUCACAAGGUCGUCAUGCACCUUUGCCUGAGUUGUUUUAAAAGCGUUGCUGGACUCUGUGGGAGUGAAACCCUGAAUGAUCUGAAGCCACAAAGUGAUACAAGCACCAAAUGUGGAAAAUGCAGCAGAGGGAAAUCUCGCUAAUCAAACAGGUCUUAUUAAAAGGAACCUGAGAUACCGGAACACCUGAGAGCUAGAAGAUUAAGGUAGUCCAAGGACGAGACAAACCACCUGUUCACGCCACUGUUUCCAAGACCAGGGCCACUUGUUUACAAGAUCUGCAAAUACAUCAUAGAAAUCUCAGAGUGAGGCAAUCCUGGUCCAAACUGACCAGUCUGACUUUCACACCUCCAGAAAGUCAUCCUCCAGAUUUCAGAGAGCUGGAACAAAGACGUUUUGUAAAGCUUAAUGUUCCUUUGAACCGAGAACAGCCCUGAGUCCUUGUUUGGCUGCAGCUGAACUUUGGGUAUGUCCGUCCAGCAGCAAUCGCUCACACAGUUCAGGCUUGCUUUAUGUCCUGUGUAUUGCUUCAAGACUUCCUGUGCAAUAUAUUGCUGCAAGAAAAUUGAUUAUGAUGUCUUUAAGAGAAGGAAAUUAGCCCUAAAGGUCUGAUGGUAACACAUACACGAUCUUUGUUUCGGCCAAAGAGUACGAGAAAGUAAAAGUAAUUCUUCAACUGCAGCUGCAAGCACGGGUAUCUCCACACACCACAGUACAGGCCUUGCUUUAAGUCCUAUAUAAUGCUGCAGCUCUUAAAGGUACCUUAGUUAAUGACGACUGCCGGAAACCGGCUGCAAAAACCCUGACACUGAAUCGGAGUAAAGCUAAAGAAAUCUUGUCACAAAGUGCUUUCCAGAAACACACAAGGAUUACGAUGUCAACGUGCAGAGUCUUGCACAUAUUCAACCAAAUGGACAUACAGCACAGCUAACCUGGGGGAAGGGUAUCCCAGUGAAGAGAGAGGCUUACUGGUGUGGUUCAGGAGCAUUCAUAGGUGGUGGCUCCAUGUGGACCGUAGUGGGUUAACCCAGCGACAAAGGACGGAGGGGUUGGUUACUACCUCAGUAAGAUGACCCAGAAGUAUGGCGUUGGUCUAAUUGUGUUUAACAAAUGAAAAGACAACAUCCUGAUCACAUCAGAGACAACAUGGCGAUGUCUAUCUGCAGCCAAUGGGAAGCCUCUCUCAAGUGUCCUUUCUGGCAAUGUGCUGUGAUAUCCGGAAGCCAUUCUGGUUGGGGCUUUCCUGACUCUGUGAAGGUUUGGCUCUCUGGGGUCAGGCUGGAGGAACGACUGAAUCUCUGAAGAGGUCACCGUGAUGCCUUCUCUUCUCAUUUCAUAUUGGGAACGGUAAAUCCAAAGACGGUGUGGCAGCUGCAGCGCUGCGGAGGAGAUACGAACAUUUCUAACUUUAAACGUUCCUUUUCUCCUUCCUUAUGGUGUGGAUCAUAGCAUGAGAAAACUCAGAUUUUGUACUUAUUUCCAAAUGUUCCUACAUACUUUUUGCACACAUGCACAUUUAAAUCUUGCAGCCACAUGCACGACACAGUUUCAUUGGUUGUGAAGUGUUUCAGCGAGUUUAAGGACUAUUUCUAUUUCCUGUCCGAUGAUCGAGAUAUACUUGCUUUUCCGACAUGUACUCAUCAACUCAACGUAAUGUAUUUAAAAUGAUCAAAUGCAAAUAAUAAUGAAACUUAAGACAAUUCAAAGUUCAAAUAGGGAUGAAUAAUAGAUUCUUCUUUCUAUCUAAGUUCACAGUUUUGUAUUUUUUUUGUCGUUACAGUUUAACUUAUUCUCUAAAUGUUCACAAAAAUCGUAUUUACAACCAAUUUGGACAUUAUGAUGAGUUAAAGGCACAUGGUGUUCAGGUUUCAUGCUUGCAGUAACUCCGCUUUGACUUGAAGUAGACGUACGGUCUUUGUAUUUCUUCCAGAGUGAAACCAUAUCAACAGAUACGUCUAUUUAUUUAUAUUUUGUAUUAAUAUUCUGUGGCCUUUCGUAAAUGCAGCUAACGUCGUCUCAGCGGUCUGAAUCAGUUUCGUGAUAUUCUGUGAACUCUGCAUGAACAUAUUGGAGCAUUUCAUUUUCUCCACAAGACGACGGCAGGUUUCAAAGAGGCCCUAUUCUGCUUUGUUCACUUCUGGAACAUCGUGACAUCACUAUGUAACACUCAAGCUCCUAUAGGGUAGCGCUCCAACACAUUGUACGUGAUAGGCUAAGGGGCGGGACAUCUCUAAGCGGUUGACCAGCUCUGGUUUCAGACAGAGGGUGAAAAGAGGUGCUGCAGCAUAAAGAGCAUGUCACAGUCAGAAAUGCAAAUAAAGUCUGAGAUUAUAAAGUCAUACAUUUGUUAGAAAAACAAUUAUACAUUUUAUUUUGCAAAUCUUAGGCUUUGAAGUUGGGGAUUAAAUUAUAUAUAUUUAUUUUUUUGUUAUCGUUUUAUAAUUAUGCUCUAGUAAAUUCUCUGAAUAUUAACCGGAAUAUAUGAAUCUAUUCCGGUUAAGAGUCGUAAUAUUAACUCACCGUCACACUGCCAGCAGACGGCUUGAUUUUAUAUUCAGCUAAAAAACAUUUUAGAGAUAUAUAUAAUUAAUAAUAAAUAUUAGUGAUGAUAUUUUGUGGUUAUCAGAAGGUAUCUCAGAUGUAUUUGUAUAUACUGGAAAUAUAGUAUUUUAUGAUGUGUCAGCUGUUUCUAGAUGAUCAUUAUUAGUGGCUGUCAUGUUUUUGCCAUGUGUUAAAAAAGCUUUAUUUAAUAUGACUGUUACAAAUGAAAUAAAACACUUUU